AUGUGUACUGAUCCGGAAGAGUUCUUGCAGUCAUUAUUAUCAGAUACUUUGAGGGCUGAGCCGUUGAUCCAUUUAUCCACGGGUCAGGAAGCCUUCAUGUACCAGCUCGUGGUGGAGAAGGAUGAACGCCUUGCCUUGCCUACUGUACAACAGCUGUUCGACCAAAGUUUCCUGAGUUCGAGUUUGAAAUUCAAAGAGGUGCCGCCUUGCCUGAUCAUCCAGAUGCCGCGUUGCGGGCCGUCCUUCAAGAUGUACGCGCGGAUCCAGCCGUCCAUGGCCCUGGACGUGACGGACGCGUUGCUGGACGCCCCCCGGUCGUGCCACGUGUGCGGCGCGCUGGCCGAGGUCGAGUGCGUCGACUGCUACGACGUGCAGGAGGGCCUGGAGUCGACGGCCUACUGCCGGCCGUGUCUCAACAAGGUGCACAGUCACCGGAAGCGCGUUGACCACGAGAGCCGCGUCUUGAUUGUGAGCCAGGAGGCGCGCGACUACUUUGUGCCGUCCCGGGUUCGCGGGUACGCCAACGGCUGUGUCGCCCCUCCGACGCCGCCGCGCGUGCUCAUGGAGCUCUUUGCCGUCGUCUGCAUCCAGACGUCGCACUACGUUGCCUUUGUGAAGGCCGGGUCCGGUGCCGAGGCCCCCUGGUGCUUUUUUGAUUCCAUGGCCGACCGAAGUGAGUGCAGUGAAGACAAUGGAUACAACAUCCCUGAGGUCGUGGGCUGUCCCGGACUGCAUCGGUGGCUGUCGGAAGAGCGGAUCCACGAGAUUUUGAGCGUCAAGGACGAGAAACUGCUUCCGGAACACGCGCGUCGGCUGUUGUGCGAUGCCUACUUGUGCUUCUACCAAAGUCACGAUACGCUCAUGUAUCGCUGAGGAACCGAAUUAAUCCGCUUUGUGUUGUUUCUUUUUCUGUUCCUCCUUGUUGCUUUGAAUGCAAAAAAAAAACACGCGGUUGUGUCGCUUGAAAGAAAAAAAAACAUCAUUUUUUGCUUGUGAUCGGAAUGCAUUGCCCUUCCUCGUGCUCCCUUAUUACCCCAUCCCCGGUCUGUUUUUGUUUUCCUCCCCUGGAGGGUGUUGAAGAUCUGAACAUGUUGGUUGGCUCGAAUUUUACCUCGAUAGUUGUUGGAAAGCUUCCGGAAGUGCGUGCUGAGAUAACGUGGGAAUUUACCGAUUGAAUCUAAUAGAUAUAUUGCUCUCGACGCGAAUUUUGGCAUGCAGUACAUUUCGAAGGCGUGUGGAUUGCGAAAAAGAAAGUACCAAUUUUCAAACAGUUAAUCAGGUGCCACUUCAAAAUGUGAUUUUUCAAAGUGAAAUUGACAUUCAUGCAUUGCUGUAACCACGAUGGCUUCUUUAAACAAUACGCAUUUACGUGACUUUUUUUUUCAGAUUCGUGGAUUUUCGAUCGUGUAAUCAUUGAGGAUGAAAAACGCAGUCGAUGUGUCCUACAUUUUUAUAUUAUUUUUCGAGUCAAAAUGAGGCAGGAUGGAAACGACUCAUCCCAGAUAUAGUAUUUACGAUUCUCAAACCAAAAAAGCGCCGAACUUUCGUUCAUAGGCUUCAAUAUUAUUCUGGACUCCUCAGUAAACGUUUCAAAAUAAUUUUUUGAAGUAAGGAACAACGUGGAGGCCGUUGUCAAGCUGAUUUGAUUUUCAAAAUAAAUAUUUUUCAAGUUUUUGUUUUUAUGUAUACUGUAGCAAGAUUCCUACAAUCGUGCUCAUGGCAAUUGAAGGAGCUCGAACUGGUUAAUUUCUUAUCACUGCUUGUUUGAAAAUGGG